CGUGCUCAGUCGCUCAAGGGCUUUCUCUGAAAGACCGGACCUUGGCUAAUGCGCCUAUUCUAUAGCAGUAGUAGCGGAGUGUGCAGUCAGGCAUCGGAGGCAAGUGUCAUAAUGAUCAGCCUUAUAUGGGGUGGAUCCUGGACCUGCGCGACUUCUUCACACACAAAUACAAAAUGAAGACCUGAGCUGCGCGCAUUCUGCAUCCUUCGCACCAUCGGGAUACCUCAGAGCUGUCAAAAUCAACCCUUUUGAUUGCACAACUGAACAUCUGCUGCAGCUACAGAGGUGGAAGGCGUGGGGGGAAUAGAAACGGACAGAAAAGAAUACGGCUGCUGAAAAUAAAGCCGAUCACAAUGAAGCGGAGGAAGAUUGCUGUGGCGGCUGGGUUUUGUUUCUCCUUUUUUCUGGGCACCCUGAUGAAUCUGCUCUUUAUCCCGGGGUUCGAUCGCCAUCGGAACAACAGCAACAGAGUGCAGCGCUACUACCAGGAGCAGCAGCACGUCGCGGGAAGCAGGGAUCUUAAUUUGAGGGACCCCGCUGCUCCGCCUGGUGCCUAUAUGAAUAGAGAGCCCACGGCUAGCAGCCAGCACCGCGAUCUCCUGCAGCAGAUCCAGGAGAGGUACGACGAGGUUCUUCGGUACCGCCAGAACUGGCCACCGCCGCCGGGGUCGGGGAACCCCGUUCGCACUCUGGAAAGACGGCGGUUGAUGGACCUGGCGCCGCGCAGCUCUUCGGAGCAAAGCCGAGCAACGGAAAGACUGAAUAACAGAUACACGGAACCGCACCACCGCGGCUCUUCAUCCUCAGCAUCCUUAUACGCGAGAACCCAGGUUGAUUUCGACCUGAAAAUGAACAGUGUUAACAGUCGACAGAUGCUGGGCUGCAGCAGCAUAGACAGUGCAACAAACGUGCAGUAUCUGGGUUCGGGCUAUACCAAAGCCGUCUACAAGGUGGCCCUGAACGAAAGCUUUUCCGUGGCUUUGAAAUCCGUAGAUUUCGGGGGGCACGACAUGGAAAACUGCGUGAAGAAAUACGCCUCGCCCGGGAACUGUUACCGAUUGGCGUCCUACAAAAUUAUCAAGGAGAUGACUCUGCUGCAGAGACUGCAACACCCUAACAUCUUGAAGCUGUACGGCUACUGUUACCACGACAGCAAUGACAUAAGUGACACUCUGACAGCCAUCACAGAGUUGGGCAGCCCUCUGGAGAUGAUCCAACUGCUGCAGACUUCCUGGGAGGAGAGAUUCAGAAUCUGUCUCAGUCUGGUGCGUCUGCUGCACUACCUGGCCAACUCCCCCCUGGGUUCCGUCACACUCCUGGAUUUCCGGCCCCGGCAGUUUGUCCUGGUGGAUGGGGAGCUGAAGGUAACGGACCUGGAUGAUGCCAGUGCGGAAGAGGCGCCCUGCUCCUCCAGUGCCGACUGCUUCAUGGAGUUCCCUGCCCGCAACUUUACUCUGCCCUGCUCCAGUCAGGGCCGCUGCCUCGCCAUCAAUGAGAAAAGGAACCUGUACAAUGCUUACCGGUUCUUCUUCACAUACCUUCUGCCUCACAGUGCUCCAGCUGCUCUGAGACCACUACUAGAUAAGAUAGUCAACUCUACAGGAGAGUUGAUUUGGGGGAUUAAUGAGACUCUUGGUCACCUGGAGAAGGUGCUGCACCUCUACAGGAACGGUCUUUACCUGCAGAACAUGACACACACUCCCAGAGCAGAGUACAAGCGUGUGAUUGAUGCUACCAUUGCUGGGGACAACUACCGCUGUUGGCCAUCCUAUCAACAUGAAGGCUGCCUGCUAUCAGUUUUCAGUGUCCGCGAGGCCAUUGGCGUGUGUGAAAGCCACGCCCAGUGCCGAGCCUUUGUGAUGACCAAUCAGACCACAUGGACAGGUCACCAGCUUGUGUCCUUCAAGACAGGCUCUGCCAGCCUGGUGGCAGCCCCAGGGAAGGUGGCUUUCCUGAAAGCGACUAGUUGACAAGGGUUCAGCUUGACGUGGAUCAAACACAGCAGCCUGGAGCGGCCCUGGGAGUUCCUGGGCGCUGGAGACAGAGACAGAGCGGAGAAGGAGCAGAGAUGGAGGCAUGAAGUGAGAGAGGGCGGGGGAUAAGGUUGCACCCCCUUGCACUAUUUUUCGAAGAAACUUGUCUCUGAAGUGUCAGACUUACUCAGCAGAGAGACAGCAGGAGACCAUGUGCAAUAUUGCCGGUUGGAAAAUGUGAUAAUUAUUCUCAUUAGUAUCAUUCGUAUUGUUAUUGCUCUUAGUGUAAUUCAUUUUUAUAAAUACUAUUUUUCAUGUUUUACUGUCAAAGAGUUAGACAGCUCCCAUUCCUUAGAAGCCUUUGCAGAGGUGCAAAGUGCAGAAAGUGCAUGUAUUGGGAUGGCGUUGACAUUUAUAAAUCUUUUCUAGCAAGGGGAGCUGUAAGCAUUUAAAUGCUACAUCUGAUACAUGUGGCAAUCUCCUGUUUCGGGUUGCUCUUUAUGCAGGUACUGUUAAGUGCCAAGGCUUGAUUCUUUGUGUUUUGUGCUCUUCAGUUUGUGCUCUACAGUAGACCCAUCUGCAUCUUUGCCCAGUAUUUGUUGUUGGUUCUAUCAUUUGCCCCCUUGAGCACUUCUUCUAUUGAAAUCUGAGUGUUUGAUGUUUAGGAGGUUUUCAGGAAAUUGGUUUGCUAAUCCAUGUUCUUGUGCUGUGAACCUUCUUACUGUUAUUUUUUUCAUGUUUUACAGUGUGCUCGCCUCAUUAUUCAAUAGUGAGAUUGUGUUUUGUCAUCUUUGAAAAUUUUAAACGAAAUACUGUAUAUUCAAGCCAUUUUUAGAGGCUUACAUCAGUGCUGGCAACCUUACCAGAUGAAAACGGACAUGCGCAGUCGAU